CGCGGCGCGCAAUUCACCGCAAAAUCAGUUUGCCAAUCGCCCCGAACGCACAGCUACUAUAUCACUACAGUGGACCCCGCUUAAAACGAACGCGUGCGAUCACCAUGGAAAACUAUUACUAUUUCGACAUCAAACUAAAACUUCGUGAUCCGACUGCAGUUGCUUUGACCCCAUCCCUCUUUCGAAGCUGCGUUCUUGACGCCCUGGACAGUUUCUUCUGCGAAGAGAAACCCACACUGGAGAUCGUGAAGUUCUGCGCCCAGCAACAUCGCGUUAUCUUUCGAGUGCCAGAGCAACUGCACGAUAUGACCCGCAUAUCCAUUGAGCUCAUCGGUCACUACCAGCAGAUUCCCUGUCAUUUUGAGAUCUUGGAAACCUCCAAGUCAUCGCUGGACUUUGAGAAGAGUAUUGAGAAGACUUUCGCGGGUGUGUCCGACGAAUUGUAAUUUUCAGUGUAAUAUACAUUGUAACCGUCAUGAAGAAUUUAAAUUUAAAUUAUAACUGAUUUUACUGUGAUCUGAUUUUAUUGUUAUUCACAACGAACUGGAUUGCUAUCUGUGAUGGCUACUUAAUGAGAUUCAAAAGCGGCAUAUACGUUUAGCUAUUUUAAUAAAAUUGCAUUAAACUAUUUUUUAUCUUCUCUUGUCCGUUGUAAGCCGAGCUGGCAUCUCUGGCGGCGCACAGCUGUUUGAGAAGCAGAAAGAAACAGCAAAAAAGGGGAGUAAUUACAUAAAAAACACACUGACCGGCAACUUUUGGACGACUUUUCCCGAAGAUUCCGUCAAAAAAAGAGGGGCACUGGCACUUGCACCCAAAGCAUGAGUGGUUACCAUUAUCUGGACGUGAAGCU